AUGAGACUGUGUAAAGCGGCCGAUGCGUCACCCUCCAGUCCAGCAGGUGGCGCAAACGCAUCACGUCACAUAAAACAGCACGAGAAUAAAGAGCAGCUCACAGUUUCAAGAGCGAUGUCCAUGAUGAUGGUGCAGGUGGAUGUGAUGUGCUGUAAAUCAGUAGGAACUGAUCUGUCUAUGCUGGAUAUUGAUGAUUUGAUGACAGAAAUCUGUCAGCUGAAGAAAGAGGUGAAGUUACUGGAGACAAAACUCAGAGAGAGAGACCAACUCAACAGAAAGGAUGUAUGUGGUGUUUCUCUCUGUGAUCAAACAUCUCCAGAUCUUCUGCUUUCUGUCUGUAAUGAAGAGCAGAAGACAUCAGUGAAGCUGCUGGACUGUGAGAUGGAGCUGAAAACACAAAUCAAAGAAGAACAGACAGAUGAAGAUGAUGUGUUUUAUUCAGACCUGAUGAAGGUGAAAGAGGAAAGUUCAGAACCGAAUGAAAUGGAGGAGAAAGACCAUCAUCUCAUAACUGGAGAAGAAUCUGUGACCUGCUUGAAGACUGAGAAGAAUGAAGACAACAAUUCUCACAUGUGCCCUCAGUGUGGAAAGAUCUUCACAUAUAAAUACAAACUUAAUUUACACAUGAGAAUUCACACUAGAGGACGCCCUUACAGAUGUGACCAGUGUGGAUUGACCUUCAGUCGUGAAUACAACCUUAACAGGCACAUGAAGAUUCACACUGGAGAAAAAUCUUAUAAAUGUGACCAGUGUGGGAAGAUCUUCAAUCGUAAAGACCACCUUAAAGAGCACAUAAGAGUUCACACUGGAGAAAAGCCUUACAGAUGUGAUCAGUGUGGAAAGAGUUUUUUGUGGGCAACAUCUUGGAGAGAUCAUCUUCUCUAUCAUUCUGGAGUGAGAUCAUUUCAGUGUGAACAGUGCAGUAAAGCCUUCAUUUCUGCAAAUAACCUGAACCAACACAUGAAGAUUCAUACAGAAGUGAAGUCUUAUGUCUGUUCCAUCUGUGGAAAGACCUUCUCAAAACUCUCCAACCUUAAAAAUCACAAGAAGAAAACACACACAGGUGUGGGAUCUCAUAUGUGCUCUGAACAGAAAUCUCACCAGUGUGAACAGAGUUUUCGGAAAUCAAGACGUCUUGAGAUACACAAUGAAGAAUGUGAAUGCAAAAAUGUGAAUAUAAAUAGUUUGAUUUGUGGCAUUCAGAAGGAAGUGAACUAUCUUCAUAAGCUAAACUGUAUAUGCUUUAUGUGAAAAUAUGUUUGUAUUACUUUGUUCAAUUACUUGUGUUUGCUGCUGUUUUUGCAGCACUGUUGAUUGUCUGAGACUCUUUCAUUCUCUGGAGAGAUUGAAUGCGAUUAAACUACAUUUUAACGGUCAAACAAUGCUUGCAUCUGUUAUGAGUUUAUAUAAUGUUGUCCAUAUUAUAAUAAAGUAA